CUUUGCUCUCUGAUUGCGAAUUUACAACCCGAAAAGAAGGAAAUUACCGUAACAUGACACGCCACGCCAGAAAUUGUACUGCCGGAGCCGUUUACACGUACCACGAGAAGAAAAAGGACGCUGCCAACUCCGGCUUCGGCACGACUUCCCGUCGGAUCGGCAAGGAUUCGGUGAAAAGUUUCGAUUGCUGUUCCCUGACCCUACAACCGUGCCGAACUCCGGUGAUCACAUCGGAUCUCUUUCACAGCAAAGAUGGUUAUCUGUUUGAUAAGGAAGCGAUACUGACGUACAUCAUAUCGAAAAAGAAUGAAUACGGCCGCAAAAUGAAAGAGUACGAGAAGCAAUCCAAGGCCGACGAAGAAGAUCGUGCUGCACAGGCAGAUGCGGAGGUGCAGAAGAAACUUGACAAAUUCAUUUCCACUGAAAAGAACAUCGUGACUAAUAAGACGCUUAAACCCAACGACCAACCAAGUACCAGUGGAGCGAUGUCGAAUGUGUCGCUCGGCAAGCGCAAGGAACUGCCCAGCUUCUGGGUACCAUCGCAGACGCCGUCCGCUAAGGUAGCCCGGCUAGAGAAGCCGGACAGUAAGAUCUACUGUCCGGUUUCGGGUAAACCGCUGAAGGCGAAGGAUUUGAUCGAUGUGAAAUUUACGCUGGUGAAGGACGCGUCCGACAGGAAAUCGUUGAUUGCGAAGGAGAACCGCUACAUGUGUGCAGUGACACACGAUAUCCUGAACAAUGCGGUACCGUGUGCCGUUCUGAAGCCAACCGGAGACGUCGUGACGAUCGAGUGCAUUGAAAAGAUUAUCAAGAAGGACAUGAUCCACCCGUUGACGAAUGAACAACUCGAAGAUUCCGACAUAAUUCCAUUGCAAAGGGGUGGAACCGGUUUCGCAACGACCAAUGAAAAACUGGAAGCCAAGGAGCAGAAGCCGUGUCUGCAAGUGUAAUCUACUCGAUCUGUUCCACGAUACAUUUAAAAUAAACUUAUCUUUUACAUUUUAAA